UCGAUCGUAUUCGGUGCGAAGUUUUUUCUCGGGGCGAUUGCAAUUCGUUUCUCUCCAUCAAUUUUUCUGAAGAAAAGCGACUUGAAACGCAUCGGUAAUAAGCGCAAGUAAGUUGGAGAAAAGAUUGUCGAAAGUUUUUCGAUUUGGUGGUACCUAUCCGUCGAACGAGUUAGCCUGCCAUCGAUUCGGAUUUAGUUACUUUUAUUACCCACCUUGGCAAUUCUGUCAGCGGACGGGUGUCAUCGCGGAUGAGUGCUGCUCGAUUGGCCGAUCGCUCCCCAGAAACGCGAAAUUGUAGCAGCUUGAUUUAAUAGUGAAAAUCUUUUUUUUUUUGCUCUGGUGCUCUGCAAUCGCCACGCCGCAAAAGUUAGGAGGUGAUAGUUUCGACGUUCGUGUUCCAAAAAAGUUGGACGUUCCGGAGGUUAUUUACGGGUGGAGGAAGAGCUGUCACUCGCUGGUCGUGUGGAUGCUUUCCCGAGAGGAAGUCUAGGGAAUAGUGAAAUUAUAGUAGGUUUUGGUGCGGGUGCUUGUGAAAGUGAGGCGCACAGGAGGGUAGAGCUGUUCCGGAAGAUAUUGGGUAUCAGUUUUUUAUUUGGGUAGUGGUCAAACGCAAAGGCCCAGAGCUGGAGGAAACAGUUGCCGCUGGUAUGGCUGCAGUCGUGGAAGAAAAACCUGCGGCGGAACCUGGUCCUGUCAUUGCCACACAGGAGAAACCAACGCAGAAGCUAUCCGAGUCGGACGAUUUCACCGAUAACUCCGUGGAGAACGCAAAUGAUGCAGCUCGCGAGGACACAUCACAACAGAGCGGGCUGGCGACGGUAGAAUCAGAGUACGAUACAGCAUCGGAUUCACCCUCGGAUGGCGAGGAAUACGACGAUCAAGAAGAGGACAGUGGUGAAAGCGGUGAAGAGGAGGAAAUGGGCAGCGAAGGUGAAGAUGAAGAAGAAGACGAGGAGGAGCUGGAGGAUGGUUCAGAUGAUGACGUGAUCGAAGUGUUGGAUUACGAGCGACAGAGUGGGGACGGCCAGGAGCAGGAAGCGGAAGCAAAAAAGAAGGUGGACGACGAUGAAGAUCGCAGCAAUCCGCAGUACAUCCCGAAGAAGGGAACUUUCUACGAGCACGACGACCGCACGGCCGAAGAUGAUGAUGUGAAGGAAGUCGAUGAUGGAACCGUCAAAAGUGACGAUGCAUCGGGAACCGGGGAAGACCGGAAGAGUGUAGACAAAACAACAGCCGUUAGGACCAUGAAACAAUGGAAGGCUUCGGCUGCACGUUGGGCUCACGAUCGUUUCGAUGAACACGAGCAGGCUCCCAAAUCGAGAGCCGAACUGGUUUCGGCCUACGGAUAUGACAUUCGAAACGAAGAUGGCCCACCGCGUGCCCGCAGGAGACGGCGUUAUGCUCGAGGUCCUAAUCGAUAUACCCGGAAUUGGGAAGACGGAGAAGCUUAUACUAAGUCCAACAAUGUUGAACACAACCGUCAGAGGAAGGCUCCACCAAGAUCGGAAGAGUUUCCUGAGCUGGGCGCAAAUAAUACUGCUACUUCUAAAUCACGGAGUAGUUUGUCGAAAUCUUCAGCUCGUCGAUCCAGCAAACAAUCGCUGCGAUCCGGAGAUCGUGCGGAUCGUGGUGAACGUGGAGAACGUGGAGAUCGAUUGGAGGGACCUAUUGAUAGGACGAAUACUGGUGGUCGACAGCGGGAUCGCAAUCGCAUCAGUAAUAACGGAGGUCGCAGUGAUGGCCGAAUGGAUAGAGAACGAGAUCAUCGGGAUCGUGUCAUGGAUCGAGACCGAGAUGAUCAGUACGAAUCGCAAAGAAUGGAUCGAAUGAGGGGCGACGAUAGAAUGGACCGGGAACGUGAUCGUAAUUGGGAUCGUGAGCGUGACUACGAUCAGCACGAUUCAAACAAUUAUCGUGAGGCAAGAAACGAUGGAAGUCGGUAUAGUUCGGAUCGGGUCGAUAGCAGUAAUAACUAUCAUAACAAGGAGAACAAAAUGGGCAACCGGAUAAGCAAAGAAAAGGAGCGUCGUGGAAAUGACUACAAGGUUAUUACAUCGCUGCAGUUCAAAAACCAGACACGAAACAAGGGUGCUGAAAGUGGUUUGCCAAUAAGCGCUGCCAGUGGUGGUCCGCAGGUUGUUCAUAGUAAUAGUUCGGGAGCUCUUUCUGGCAGCAGUAACAGUAAUAAGAUGAAUAACAGUAUGGAUCGAGUGCAACAAGUCCCGGAUCAACGAAUGAUGGCGCCACCGCAGCAUCACUAUGCUAAUCAACCUCCGCAGCAGCAAUUGAUUCAGCAACAACAGCAACAGCCAUCAACGAUUCCUUUGCAGCAAACUCAACUGCAAGCCCAGUCACAGAUCCAAGUGCAGAUGCAAACUCAACAACUACAACAUCAUCAGCCAUCAACGUACGUCAAUGAAGAUCCCUAUGAUUCUUACAGUGAGUCAAAGAUGCCCAAGGAUGCUAAGUUCCCUUACAAUCCUCCGGCAAAUGCAACAAUACAGUCUGUCGAAAUUGGUCAAACUGACAUUGCGAAGUAUCCUCCACCAGCCGUCCAAAGGACCAGUAAAGAUCGUCAACAGGUGUUAGCUUCAAGCACUGGAGGUGUUCCGCUGAGCAGUCGAUCUCAGAUUUCUCCUAGGCAAAUAGUUUCAACUCAAGCAAGUCAGUUACAAACGAUGCCAUCGGGUCAACAAUUGGCCCAAAUGCCACAGCAGCAGUACCAACAACAACUCCAACAAGCUCAAUACCAACAGCUGCACCCGUUAACAACACAAACGGGACCACCAACUGCACAAGCGCAGGGCCCCCAAACUCAGGUUCCGCCGCCACAGUUAACCCAACAACAACCUCCACCGACGGCUGCACAUUUGCAUAAUGUCCACGUCGCCGGAAACGUCACCCAGCAGCAAAUGCUUCCCACAGAUAACAACUCCCGAUCAGCGAAACGAUAUUCCAGCUCCAGACAACGAUCUACGCUGGAUAAUCCCAACAUGGUCGUAGUUCAAUCUCCGUUGCACGAACAACAGCAACAGCAACUGCUACAGCAACAGCAGCAACAACAACUUCUCCUACAGCAGGAGCUUCAACAUCAACAACAAAAGCCUAAACAAAGCUACCCUCAACCAUCACUACCGUUGACCAUGCCAAACGAAUACCUCGUUCAGUCCGCAAACCAACCAACUGUUCCCAGUAAAACUCAAGCCCCAAGCCAAGCUCCGGUCCAGUACCAGCACGCUGCCGCAGCCUAUUACUCUGCUACGACACCAGCUGCACAAGAUUAUGUGGCCCCAGCAGCGCCUCAACCAGUUCAAGUUCCCCAACAACCCACGGUUCCCGUUGUUCCUCAACAACUACCCACUCCACAGUAUUCACAAUACACUCAACCUAGCACAGCAAGUCAUCCCUACAUCCAAGCGCCGCCACCUGCAACCUACAUCCCGCAAACCACACCCACCCCGCAGGCCACACCACAACCUGCAGCAGCAGCACCACCUCCGAAUAUCCUAAACUACGUCCCCUCAAUCAAUCCAGCAGCCACUACACAAUACCCCGCAGCACCAUAUACCGGUUUCCAGAACUACAAUGCCGUUGUUCCGCAGCAAGUACCACCUGCCGUCCCCAUCAACCCUACACCUUCGGCAGCUACAGCAGCUCUCUAUCAAUCUAGCGGUGGAAUCACCUACUACGCACCACAAUCGCAAACCCAAACGCCACGACCGCUUCCUUCUCAGCGGCGACCUACCAGUGCUAUACCGAUUCUGGCCCCACCGGAACGGAAAUCGAAAAACAACCGCUCCGAUAACGGUUCCGGUGGGUCAAACGAGGUGGACGAUGGCUCCACCAAUGCCCCCGGUAGCACAAGCAGUGGCACGGCCACCUCCAAUGCCACCAGCAGCGCGGACAACAUCGAUCACAUCUUGGAUAACAUGUUUGUGCAACGACCUCCGUAUCAGCCGCCCACCAGGAAAAGCCCUUCGCCUGCUCCGACGGCCGUUGCUGCGUCCGGCGUCGACGGUGGCCAAGAUACCGGGGACAAAGAUUCAACCGUUGAUAAGAUUGGAGAUUCGGUUAAGAAAAUGACCAUCCAGGAAGAAAAACUCCCGCUAGUAGAUCCCACGAUGCUGGCAAGUGGCGGCAGCGAGAAACUGGACAUCUCAUCUACCCCGGCCGUUGAUCCGACAGUCGGUUGACGGUGCUAAAUGCCGGGUCAAACAACACAUCUCCAAUACACAACGACAUCCCCUUCCCAGUUACCCCGGUCGAUGAUAUUAAGCCGUAUAACACCCGCCUAAAUAUUCCCGGGCGGAAUCAUCGGAACGCAUCCCAUUUUUUCGCUACUGACCCGCAUGGCGUUGGCGUUCUGUCGUGUAUUGCUUCUAGCAGCUUUCAUCCUCGAUCCCGCGAGGCUUAAUCGCACCCCCGCAAAUUGUUGUUAUCGCAAGCUGCAGUAUAUAAUUCCAAGGUAUGUUACUGGCUUACGUUAGUUUCCCAUUUAUAUUUUCUCCAGCUUAAGCGUGUGAUUUCAACGCAAGUUAAGAAUUUUAUUACUGAACUUUUUCCCGAAAUUUGGAUAAUUUUUAAUAGGAAUCCGAUAGUUGCUGAAGAUGUUCGAAAUUGAUCUUCUACCCGCUUUAUGGGAAAAUUGUAAUUUUUUUAGGCACAGUUACAAAAAUUCAAACUCCAAAUUCUCUUGACGCCAGCUAGUCGUUGGUGCUGUUUCUAAGUUUUAUUGAAUUUGAAUUUUGCAUUGUAACAGCACGGAGUCUUGUAACUGUAACGAAUUUGUUAAUAAGACAGAAAAAUACGCAUAUUUUUCUUUCAUGAAAUCAAAAUGCCAUCUUUCUCAUGGCAACCGUAACAACCACUGAUUGAACAUUACACAUUGCAGAUUUGAAUCGUAAUAUAUUAAGUAGUGGAUAGGUGAAACACAUAAUACACUAUAAAGAUGCAUGAAAACUGAUCCCUCGUUAUUAGGGUUCCCUUUCAAUUGUUGGUUCACACUGAGGAAAAAUAAAAAGAAAUUAAUUGGGGAACUAAAUAUGAACGAAGUGAAGGGCAAAAAUUUAUUGUUUGUAUUUAUAAUUUAAUCGGAUAAGUUGAAAAAGUCUAUAUAAGAUUGAAAAAAAAAACUAAUGAUGAAAAAAAUAUAAUAAAUGUGGUU